AUGGAGCUGGCGCAGGAGCUGGACAAACUGGAGCUGCCGGGGGAGAAGACGCCGGUGGAGGAGGCGGCCGCACCGGCCGACCAAUUUCAGAAGAAAAUGGCCACAAUGUUUCCUGAUGCAAUCCUGCGACGCGGAGCAGAUAAUCGAUACCUGGUGCUGGAGGUCAAUGUUGUACAGAACGAAGGAAUCCCAGAGAAACAUCUAAUCAUAACAACUUCUCAGUCACUGGAAGAUCAAGAGCUCUGCAUCCUUAGGAAUGAGUGGGAUGACCUUUCCAUAGAGCCAGGAGACAUCAUUCAUUUGGAAGGAGAAUACAAAGCAGAUGCUUGGAUAAUAGAUAAAGAUUUUGGAUAUUUGACUCUCUACCCAGACAUGCUGAUUUCUGGCACAAGUGUGGCAAAUAGCAUUCGUUGUAUGAGAAGAGCAGUUCUGAGUGAAAAUUUUAGGAGCUGCGAUCCCAAUUCUCAUCAAAUGCUGAUUGGCACAGUCCUGCAUGAAAUAUUUCAGAAAGCAAUAACUGACAGCUUUGCCCAAGAAAACCUCCAGGAACUUGCUCUACAGACUGUUCAAGAAAUAAAACAUCUGAAGGAAAUGUAUCACUUGAACCUGAAACAAGAUGAAUUUAAACAAGAAGUAGAAGACUAUCUUCCGUCGUUUUCUAGAUGGGCUGAAGAUUUCAUGCACAAGCCUGCUUCCGUGGACCUCGCCAGGACGCCCCUCACUCCAUUAUGCGAUAGAAAAAAGGAUGAACCAUCUUGUAGGAUUCAAGUAACAAAAGCUCUAGAUAUUGAAGAGAAUGUUUGGUCUCCAAGGUUUGGCCUGAAGGGCAAGAUUGAUGUCACAGUCAACGUGAAAAUCCAUCGCGGGUCUAAAGCUACGUGUGGAAUAAUGCCAUUGGAGCUUAAAACCGGCAAGGAAUCGAACUCUAUUGAGCAUAGAAGCCAGGUUGUUCUCUAUACACUACUAAGCCAGGAAAGAAGGGCUGAUCCAGAAGCUGGAUUGCUUCUCUAUCUCCGGACCGGUACCAUGUACCCCGUGCCUGCCAGCCGUCUUGAUAGGAGAGAGUUAUUAAAGCUAAGAAACCAGAUGGCAUUCUACUUGUCCCAUGGUGUCACAAAAUCCACUGCGGGGAAGGAGCAAACCCAGCUUGCACACUUGCCACCAAUCGUUAAUGAUAGUUACGCCUGUAAAUAUUGCUCACAAAUGUACAACUGUGCUCUUUAUAGCAGAGCUGUCGAACAACAAAUGGACAAGGGUGCCGUUCCCCUCUCCAUGCUGCCUAAAAUCGAAAAGGCUACACAGCACCUGAAGCGGUCCCAUCUCCAGUACUUCAGCCUUUGGUAUCUAAUGAUAACCCUGGAGUCCCAGUCAAAGGAUAGCAGGAGGAGCCACAGAAACAUAUGGUUAAUGUUACCCGCGGAAAGGGAGAAGCAUGGUGACUGCAUUGGAAAUCUGAUUAGGACCAAAGAUGUCCAGACUAUUUGUAGUGGACAAUAUUUACAUACCUUCCAGCAUAAACAUGGUAGGAUACCUAAUACAAACCUCAUGAUGGGAGACAAAGUCAUUCUAAGUGGAGAAGAAAGAAGGUUGCUUGCUUUAAGUAGUGGAUAUGUGAAAGAGAUCAACAUGACCACAGUCACCUGUUUACUAGACAGGAAUUUGUCAAAAUUACCUGAGUCAACUUUGUUUAGAUUAGACUAUGCAGAAAGAAUUGGUGGUAUUGAAACUCCCCUGGGAAACCUUUCUAAACUGAUGGAAAACACCCCUAUGAGUGAAAAGCUUCGAGAUUUAAUCAUUGACUUCCGUGAACCACAAUUCAUAGAGUACCUGAGUUCUGUGCUUCCACAUGAAGCGAAGGAUAGAGUUGCCAACAUUUUAAAAGGUUUGAAUAAACCCCAGAGGCAAGCAAUGAAAAAAGUACUUCUUUCAAAAGACUACACGCUUAUUGUUGGUAUGCCCGGGACAGGGAAAACUACAACAAUAUGUGCCCUUGUAAGAAUCCUCUAUGCUUGUGGCUUCAGUGUUUUGUUGACCAGUUACACUCACUCUGCCGUUGAUAACAUUCUUUUGAAGUUAAUGAAAUUUAAAGUAGGAUUUUUGCGUUUGGGCCAAACUCAGAAGGUUCAUCCCAGCAUUCAGAAAUUUACAGAGGAAGAAAUCUGCAGAGAAAAGGCUAUUAAAUCCUUAACUAGUCUGGAAGAGCUCUACAGCCGUCAGCCUAUAGUUGCGACUACGUGUAUGGGAAUAAACCACCCAAUAUUUUCCCGGAGACGAUUUGAUUUUUGUAUCGUGGAUGAAGCUUCCCAGAUUAGCCAGCCAGUGUGUCUGGGACCACUCUUCUUUUCGUCUAGGUUUGUACUGGUAGGAGACCAUCUGCAGCUUCCUCCACUUGUGCUGAAUAGUGAAGCAGGAGCUCUUGGCAUGAGUGAAAGUUUAUUCAAGAGGCUGGAGCAGAAACGGAAUGCAGUUGUUCAGUUGACCGUGCAGUAUAGAAUGAACAGUACAAUUAUGUCCUUAAGUAAUAAGUUAGUGUAUGAAGGAAAACUCGAGUGUGGAUCAGACAAAGUAGCCAAUGCCACAGUCAGCCUACCCCACCUGAAAGAUGUGAUGUUGGACCUCCAAGCUCACAGAAAUUAUUCUGAAACUUCUUGGCUGAGGGGGGCAUUCGAACCAAAGAGUCCCGUCUGUUUUCUUAACACAGAAAAGGUUCCAGCACCAGAGCAGGCUGAAAAGGGUGGUGUGAGUAACAUAACAGAAGCCAAGUUCAUAGUUUUCCUGGCCUCAGUUUUUAUAAAGGCAGGCUGCAAUCCGUCGGAUAUUGGCAUCAUUGCGCCGUAUAGACAGCAGCUAAAGACCAUCACCGAUCUUCUGGCUCAUUCCUCUGUCAGUGCAGUAGAAGUUAAUACUGUGGACAAGUAUCAAGGAAGAGACAAGAGCAUCAUUCUAGUAUCUUUUGUUAGAAGUAAUAAAGAUGGAACUCUUGGCGAGCUUUUAAAGGAUUGGAGGCGCCUUAAUGUUGCCAUCACAAGAGCCAAACACAAGCUGGUGUUGCUGGGCUGUGUGCCGUCUCUGAGCCGCUAUCCUCCUAUGGAGAAGCUGCUCCAUUAUCUAAAGUCAGAAAACAAGAUCUUCGAUCUUCCUUUGGGAGCACAUGAAAGUAUUUGUCAAUAUAACACACGAUGA